UGGGCCUCAUCCCGUUUUUUUUGUGUUUCGAUUUCGGCCGCGGCGGCUGUUGUGCGCUUUUGUGAUUUCGUACCGCGGUUUUCGUAAUCGUAGCAGCCCCGAGGAAGGGCACCAGCAGCAGCAGCAGCAGCAUCGCGGAGCGAUCGACAAAUAUCGUGCAGCCGUCGUGAACAGGAAGAUCACAACGCAACGGGUGUGGGAUCGUGGUAAGUGCGUGCGUGCCUGGUGGAAGUGCCGUGUUUGUUUUUUCGUGGCCCCUUUGGAAAUACGCUCGCGCUCGCUGGUCGCGAAAAUAUGGGUGACCUCGGGGAUUACCCUUUUUUGUGUUCAGUUUGUACGUGUGCCGCCGUGAAUGGGGCCAAGUUCUAGUGAAAAUCGUAACAACGAUCUCCGUCUUAUGUGUGGCGCUGUGGAAGGGUGCUUCGAUCAUCAUCCGAGUUAGUAUGGCCAUCACGGCGCAAAACUUGUUUCGCAUCCGCCACCAACUUGCUUGCUUAGAUGCAACAACAAUUCCGUCGUGUGUCCUUGGUGUCAUCUGAUGAUGAGGGUGGCCGCUGCCGUAGCCGUGGUCGGUGAUUUCGCAACCGCCAGGAGGCAGUCUAGGAGAGAGGUUACGCUGCGGUUAACGAAUCAAAUACACCUCCUCCGAAAGGUACAACAAGCGAAGGAAGUGUGCCCAAGAAAGACAACAGGAGGAGAGGCAAAAGGACACAGAAAAUCAAAGCGCCAGCAAGAAGGAAGGAAGGCUGUCCGGAGUCCGGACCGUCCAGCGUAGAGCGCCCUUGGAGAAAACCUCAACGCACAACGCUCGGUGCUAGGCCUUAGCGGUGGAAGGAAGUGACCGCUCGCUAGUCCUUGAUUGGAUUUUUCCUUUUGCACGCGCGAGAGAGACGGCGCGAGGAAGGGAGAAGAACGAACGAGAACGUGCGGCGGUUACCUUUGGGCCUGGUCGAGCUCAAAAACCCACCCGAAGAUUGCAAGAAAAGGAAAAAGGUAGACGAAACGACCGACGAGACGAAACGGGUGACGGUACCCCAUCAUCUGCCGUUGUUUGCUACUUGUGUUACUUUGUGUCACUCUGCUGUUCUCCGUCGUCUCCGGUCCGCUGCCUGGUGUGGUGGCAGCAUCUCGCACCCGGACCAGCAGCUGCUACGAUCUGGGCACCCGGCGGGUUCCGUCUCAAGAAUAAGAAAAGAACAAGAUUGAUUUCAUCGGCCGCUCCCAAAAUGGCUGAUCCGGAUACCGCGUGGUUAGAGGAGCUGCUUGCGGAUGUACAGUUGGAACAGUUUCUACCGCGGAUUCGGGAUGAGCUGCAGGUGACACGGUUGGCACACUUUGACUACGUGCACGUGGACGAUCUGGAGAAGAUCGGUCUCGGUAAACCGGGCAUACGGCGCCUGCUGGAGGCGGUCAAGAAACGGAAGGCACAUCAAUGGCGUCGCAACAUUCUGUCGAAGCUCAUCGGUGGUGGAAAGCAACAACCCCAAAAGAAGUCACAAACCGCGGCCUCGACAGUGGCCGCUGCGACGGAGGAAGUUCCGGCACUGACGUGCCUGAUACACGAACGGGACGUUACACUGUCGGUCAAGCUGGGCGAUGGUUCGUUCGGUGUGGUACGGCGUGGUGAAUGGAACGCACCGGGCAAUCACGUCAUACCGGUCGCGGUGAAGGUACUGAAGGCGGACACACUCGCACAGCCGGGCGUUAUGGAGGACUUCUUCAAGGAGGUGCAAGCGAUGCACGCCAUGAACCAUCCAAAUCUAAUUCGGCUGCACGGUGUCGUCCUAUCGCAACCGAUGAUGAUGGUAACCGAACUGGCGGUCAAUGGGUCGCUGUUGGAUUUGCUUCGCAAACAGUGCAAACACACACCGCUGCCGAUGAUCUGGAACUGGUCGGUACAGAUUGCGACCGGUAUGGCGUACCUGGAGAGUAAACGGUUCCUGCACCGUGACCUGGCGUGCCGUAAUGUGCUGUUGGCGACCGGGAACAAGAUCAAGAUUGGUGACUUUGGGUUGAUGCGUGCGUUGCCCCAGCAGGAAGAUUGCUACGUGAUGACGGAACACAAGAAGGUACCGUUCCCGUGGUGUGCCCCGGAAUCGUUGCGCUAUCGACAGUUUAGCCACGCGUCCGAUACGUGGAUGUUUGCUGUUACACUGUGGGAGAUGUUUACCUUCGGUGAGGACCCGUGGGUGGGGUUGAAUGGGUCACAGAUCUUGCGCAAGAUUGGCCGAGACGGUGAGCGGUUGCAUCAUCCGGAUGCGUGCCCACCGGAUGUGUACCAGCUGAUGCUUCAGUGCUGGGAUAAGACGCCUUCCGAGCGUCCAACGUUUGCUGCAAUCAAAGAAUUCCUCACCGGAGUACCGCCACCGAUCUAUCGUGCGAUUGGGAAUUUUAAUGCCGAAAACCGAUUGGAGGUGCAGCAGGGUGAUAUGAUCGUGAUCAUCGACGAUCGGCCGGAACUACAGUUUCUCAAGGGACAGAACCAGCGUACCUUUGACAUUGGAACGUUUCCUAGAACUGUUGCUGUCGAUGCCAGGAAAACGUCAUCCAGUACGAUGCCUGGAUCGAGUGGUGGCGGAUCAGCGGCCAUCAUCAGCCGACCAUUGCAUGAUUCCUUUCGCCAUACGGGCCACGGAUCACCGUUUGGUAACUCAUGGGGUAAUCCCGCUAGCCUGGAAAUGGAUGGUGAGGUCAAGCUUCGAAGCAAAACGAAAGAUAUGGUGAACGUUGACCGGCGUGGCAAGUGUAUCUCGGAGCAGUACGUAAAGGAACGCAAGAGCAAUGCCUCGAAGCAGUUCUCCUACAACAAACUGGUCAACGAAAGCCACCAGAAACAUCACCAACACCAGCAGCAGCAGCUGUUGAAGGAUGCCAAAAACCGUCCCCUACGGCCACCGCAGCCACAGAGUAAUGGCACUUUGGCGGCCAGUGGCUCGACAUCCGAGGGCAUUCUAAUCGAUCUAUCAUCACCAAACGAUGAACCGGAACGUGUCGCAGGUACCGGUAACGCAUCGAAGGUGGGAUCGUUGAACGCUUUGAAUCGACAGGCCAUCAGCAUACUGGAUGAACCAAUCGAUGUGCCGACCGAGGGUGAGGAUCAGUUUUUCACUGCCCCGGAACAGCCUCUACAGCAGGGAUCCUUUGAAACGGCAAACCUACAGCAGCAUGGCUUGGGGAAGCUGGAACCUCCACCGUAUCAGAUGCCUCCAAAGUACAGCAAUACGUAUGGGAUCGUGCACGAUAGCACGAUGAAUCUCAGCUACAGUAAUGGUAGCAUCAUGACGACGAACAGCUUUACACCGGAACCGGAUCCAUUUGCGCCACAGGAUCCGGUCGUAACAUCGGACUAUGAGAGUGGUCCAUCCAGUACGGUCAGCGCCAGGGAGCUGAUGGCAAGCAUUAAAAGGCAGCAAACAAUCGAACAAGCUGCACCAGCAGGUGUGGGAACCACUACUAUGCUUGCGCCGACCGUCCUACAACAACCGCAACAGCAGCAACAAGCAUCAUCAUCACAGUCGGUGUACGGGAAUAUCCGAGCAUCGGUCUCUAACAUUAAUGCCAAUUAUGGGCGGGUAAGCGAUUUGGAUGAGCUUACUUCGAGCAUGCUGGUAACGUUGAACCAAGCGAAUGGAAUGGGCAGCCCGGUCCAGAAUCUCAACGAAUCUCUCGAGGUGAACGUAAGCAAUACCAGCGGCGCAAUCACGAAUGGUAGUGGUCUGUUGUCACCGUGCAGUGGAGCAACGGCAGCCGGUGUUCAGCAACUCAACGUGACACCGAAGAAACUGGAUAAACAGUUUUUGGCCGACCUGGAGAAGAAUCUGUAUAAGUACGAUUCAUCGUCGGCAAACAGCUCUCUGGCGUAUGCCACACGCAACAAUGCGAAGGAGCUAUCCCAUGCCAAGUACGACACUACGGCUAAUCUGGCAAUGAGUCAGUACUACGCCAACCAGGCCAACACGCUGGCAUUGGCCGCCUCACUCCAGCAUCAGCUGACCCUGUCGCCAAAGAAGCAAAAUGUCCAGCCGCAGCAGCAGCAGCAGCAGUCCAGCGGCACCAACGACACCACCAACAGUGUCGUGCAGGAGAUGUGGAUGGAACGUACGGUUGGUGAAUCAACGGCACCCCAGCAAUUGUACGGCAACACACAGCACGUGUCGUCCUCACCGCAAAAGUCCCACAAUUAUGUGGCCCUCUCGAAUCGUCCCAUCAUGGCCCAGGCGGUCGGACAUUAUGGGUCAACUGUAAGCCUUACGGCGGCAGCUCCCGGGGUUCCGUCCAAUAUAUACAACAGCGUGUACAAUGGAAGUAUCGCUCCAACUGACCUGUACCAGACGGUGCCAGCGCCAGAUUUGUACGAUAUAGUCGCACCGACACCGGCCUCACUCUACGAACCGGUUCCUUCGCCCCUGCAAGCUCAGCAUCAGAUUUACAACAACGUGAACCCGGUUACGGGGCAACCCCAACCGUUGGUACCGGCAAUCUACGAUGAGGUGUCGAAUGAUUUGGAUUUACGGCCGAUACGCCCGGCACCGUCGGCGCCACUGUCUAGCCAGCAAAUACAGCGCCGCUUGGAGCGAGCACAGCAGGAUCAACAGGUGGCCAGUCUGAUGCAGGAGCUUGGUGAUGAGGCAAGCGAGGACGAGGCACGCAAAUCGUUAUCAGCUGUCAAUUGGGAUCAUACGCUGGCGGUGCGGCACUUUAAAAUUGAAAGGCUUUGUCGGCUUGGUGUAGCGAAUCGAACACGGUGUGAAGAGGCACUGCAAAAAACGGGAUGGAGUAUUCAACUGGCAGCCACGAUACUGCUCGAGACCUGAAACUACUCUUGCUCACUAGGCAACAGACAUUGGGCUUCGUGAGCAUCAUUAGCAACCCCAUGGCCUCCGUUCGGGCGUUUUUGAACGCCAAAUGGAAGAAUCCUCUAGCGUCGCCGCCCCCUUUUUUAGGUGUAGAAACUCCUUUUUAUUAUUUAACGAAAGGAUAGCUGAUUUGCUUUUGCUGGCAUCCCUUUUACCACGAUGAACCUCAUUGAGCUACCGAAAUCUGUGCCGUCCACCCCCGGCGGCACACAUUCCGUAACGAAUCUAUGAUCUGAAUAAGCAGAGGCAUGUGCGGCCUUCGUACAAUGAAAUGUUAAAUGCAAGAGUAUUACUUAUAGCGCGCUGCGUGCAGAGUUAAUCCACAGACAGCAGCGAACCUUCCACCCCAUUUUCCUUUAUAGCGCUGUAAAUAUAGGUAAUAUAUACACCCUCCCGUUAACGUAGAGUUUUGUUAAAGUUUCAGAUAGUUUCUAGAAAUGCUGGAGGCUUGUUAUCGAAUCGGCGCAAAAGCAAAACGCAACGCAACCCAACUGUGACCCGAUAAUUCUCUCUGUUUUUUUUUGUACUAGUUUAACCAGAGAACGUCUAUUGUUCGCCAGUAAUCGUAUUCGUGAAGUUAGGCAAAAUGGGAGGGUUUUGCGUAUCAAGCAAUUGCUGCAAUGUCCUCCUGGUGAAUCGGCGGUCGAUUCUAGGCCUAAGUCAAUUAGUGAACGGAAGGCAUAACUGGGAUCGGAGGGAGAAAGGCAGGAAAUAAGCGUCCACUAACCGACUACGGAACGUCGUCGUAAUAAAGAAUCGAAUCGCAAGUAUACAAAUCGAAGGAAUACAAUAAACGUGCUUCUGAUGAUGAUGGAGCUGGAAAAGGAAACCUUAGUCUAGUUUAGAUUGCUCGCGUACCUUAAUUUAACCAUCUUUGUGUAUACUUUCUUGAAGCAA